AUGAUACACUCUUUGAAAUUCCCUGAUGAUGAAAAUUCAAAACUUCCAAAUCUUUAUCUCUCCAAAUGUCAGCACUAUUCUCAAACAAACCCGCUAUUCUCGUACUUCUGUGGAAUGUAUAGCAUCCAAACGGCUUUAAUGCUCCUAGGCAGUACAGAUUUGGCUGAAGAACAGUCCAUUGAGAUUACCAUCACCAAGCUAUUAGAGUACCUCGAAGAUAUUAAAAGGACUAAAAUUCCUAAGAAUAUCGACUCUUCCCUUAAAUUGAGAUUAGAAUACUCAAAACUAUUGGACAAGAAAUAUCAAAAAUUAACCUCUCUUAUCAACAUGUCCAGUGGAAACUCAGAGCACCUUAAUUUCGGACAAGUUGUUGACCUAUUUCUUGAACUUGCAUUUUUAUACGAUGUCUUGAGGGGAGUGUAUCCAAUUAAGAAUUUUUCAGAAGAUGAAGCUGCCGUGAAAACGUUGCUAAGGGACUGCUCGGACGAAGCAAUUGAGUAUAGAAUACACUAUUGCAGAACCCAGGCUUCCAGUAUUUUAUCCCUUGUAAAGCUGGGUCAAGACCCAAACCAGUAUAUGGAGCAGUUACGAAUUGUACCAACUGACUUGGAUCAGAUUAACAAUGAAGACGAUGGGAUAACGAAGAUUCAAAUAGAUGACAUGAUAAAGCAAGUCAUGGAUUUACCUGAUGACGCUUUUGAAGAGAAUGAAUCUGAAGUAAGCGCUAAAUCUGAUAAAAGUGACGAGGAAAGUGGAAACGAAAGCGAAAAUGACAGCAUCUCAAGUGAUUCGAAACCCCGAAAGAGACCGGACGUUAACGAUUUACCCUCUGUUCCAAAGUCUGGAAGGAAUGUUGAGGAAAGUACUGAGGAUAGUCAUCCAACUGUAAGCAAGCCGCAACACCAAACUACUGAAUCCCACGAACACCCCAUAGGCUCUGAUAAUAAUGAUAAGACAUCAACCAAACGAGAGAGGAAUGGUGAUAAGGAGCCUCUAUCAGAUAAAAGCUCAAGCUUUAAGUCAUCACCGUCUCCCCCUCCCAGCUCAAUUCCAGUAUUCACCCAUAAGAAGCAAAUACACUACAGUCAAGAGGAAAUGAAAGCUAUAAUGGAGAACGAUAACUUAUUGGACUUAGCAAUGAAAGAUGCAAAACAUGCAGUCUCUGCAUUGAAUUAUGAGGACUGUGAUACCGCCUUAUCUAAGCUUGAAGAAGCAAUCAGCUUGAUAAAGGAGUAUAAACUCAAGAACAGCUAG